UAGCUCGUGAGUUACAAGUUACGGUCAUCCUCAGCUCGCGCAUGACACGUUUCAACUCUGAAGGCAGUUGCGUUUAUCUCCAGGUCCAUUUACAUCGAAUCUCCUCAGUCGUAGUUUUCUCCACUACAUCCUCGUCCUGCAGCUCAACAUGUCCACCGGCUCCAUCAGCGAUGUGGAUGAAUUUCACGAGUCUGAGCUGCUGGAUGGUCUUUUGAAAUUCGGUUCCGGUAAAGACCCGGGGACAUCAAACGAGAGCACGGAGGACAGCUCCAACUGCGAAGGGGCAUCGAUUACAGAAUUUACGGGAAAGAGGCGCAAAUCAGCCGCUAUGCGCAAAUCAGCGCCCAACGGUGUGGCCCAAGAGGGCAAGCAGGUCCAGAGGAACGCGGCGAACGCGCGCGAAAGAGCGAGGAUGCGCGUGCUGAGCAAAGCCUUCUCCCGGUUGAAGACGACUUUACCGUGGGUUCCGCCGGACACCAAACUCUCCAAGCUGGACACCCUGCGACUGGCCUCCAGCUACAUCGCGCACCUGCGACAGAUACUCGCCAAUGACAAAUACGAGAAUGGCUACAUACAUCCGGUCAACCUGACGUGGCCGUUUAUGGUGGCGGGAAAACCAGAAAACGAACUUAAAGAAAUGCUGAAUUCUACACGUUUAUGUGGGACUACAGCUUCCUGAGACACCAGAUGGACUUAAAACAUGGACCUAUUUUAAAUAUUUUAGUUAAAAAAGAAUAACAUGUCAUCUCCUAUCCAAACACACGAGUGGGAAUAACUGGGGACAACAUCCUCACUCGCAUUCCUGUAAAGAGAAAUUGAUAUCUAUUUAAAUAUUCACACUUGGGCCUUGCGGGUUCAAGGCAACAACGUGUGAUUUUUAUUAAGCUGUUUUUAUAAAGAUUAUGUCAUCACUUUUUUAUAUAUAUAUAAAAAAACACGACAAAUCAUUAUACACAGGGCUUUGUUGAUAUGGCGCGUGACAUCACGUGCCUUUGCUGUUGCCAUAAGAAUAAUUGUAAAUAAAAAAAAUACUGAUGUUAUAGUUUCAAA